CAUCUGAACAACACGUGCCGUGAUCAGCAGGCGGUGCCCCCCAAGUGUCUUCACAUAUUAGACCUGGGGAAAUCUGGUGGAGGCACCUCGAUGUACUGUAGAUGACCUCCUCCAUCAAGCCCAUACAGUACCUCAAGUGUGUGGAAUGCACAUUUCUACACUGGGGCUAUAUAUAGAGGAGCCUUGCUACAUCCCACUGCCAGAGAUCUACAGUGCAACCAUCUGUUCACAACUGCCCAUGGAGAUUAGUGGAAGAUGAUGAUGGAUUCCCAGUUGAAGAAUAAAAUAAGGAAUUAUUGCUCAGUGGUGAAUAACGAGGAGGGGUUUAUAACUUAUGAGAUACAAACUGAAGACAUUGAGAAGGAUGAAGACAAAAAGAUACAAGUGGUGGCCAUUGGACCUGAUAAUAAUGGACCCACCAAGUCAGUUCUCCUGCUGGGGGAGACAGGUGUCGGGAAAACCUGCGUCAUAAACACUAUGAUCAAUCAUCUGUUUGGUGUCAGCUUUGAAGAUAAUUUUAGGUUGCAGUUGAAAGAUCAGGUUUUAAAUAAUAGUCUCCAAGUAGAGAGUCAAACAGAAUACAUCACUGCCUAUAUAGUGUAUCACCAACCUGGAAUGCCUUAUUACUGUAAUUAUAUCUUGAUAGACACACCAGGGUUUGGCGACACCAGGGAAGACCAUGAGAGAGUCACCAUAGACAGACUGACAGCUUUCCUAACAACCAAUUAUGGUAUAGAUGACCUUAACUGUGUUGCUUUAGUAGCUAAAGCAAAUCAAAACAGGAUAUCAAAAUACCAGAUACAAAUGCUGAAAGAGUUCAAAUCUGUUUUAGGGAAUGAUAUUGGUGAUAUAACACAGCUUCUGGCUACAUUUGCUUCAGAUGAAGCUACAGCAGUUAUUGAUGUGGUAAAAUGUGCCGAAGUUCAGUUUGUCAGUGUUUACCAACUUGACAACUGGCCUCUGUAUGUCUCAAAUAAUGGUAACCCUGAGAGUGAUACGCAUAUAGCUCUUAGGUACAGAUGGAGAAGAAUGGAAGAGGAGUAUACCAAAUUUUUUGAAGAUUUACAAAAUUCUACUCCAGUAAGCCUUAUAAGAACAAGGGACCUUCUGCAGGAAAGACAAUAUCUUGAAGAAACCAAAGUUACAAUUAUAAACCUUAUGAAGGAAAUUGAUAUACUAAAAGGUGCAAUUCAUGCUCAUAAUGCAGAAAUAAGCAAUAUUGAAAACCAAGCAGAAAGACUUAAGGAAAUGGAAAAGGUUCAGUGUUUGAUAAGUAGUGGACAUCACGUUCACAACUGUGAUGUUUGUAAACAAACAUGUAUAAAAGAUUGUAUAGAUCCAAGUAAUCUUACAGCUGCAUUGGCUGGCACUGGCACUGGGGUUGGCACUGCAGCUGUUACGGGAAUUGGAACUUCAGUAAGUGCUGGAGCAAUACUGGGGGCUGAGGUGGGUAUCUUUGGAGGACCAAUAGGAGCUGCAAUUGGUCUAGGCAUUGGAACUCUCAUUGGUUUAACUGCUGGAUUAACCACAGGACUUUUAAUGAGAAGAGGGAAAGAAAGCUGUUCAGAUGCUGUUAGCAGCCAAAAUUGUACAAGUCCUCCAUGCACUCACAAAAUGAAGGAGCACAAAGCUGAUACACAUUAUAUCUGGGAAAGAAGAGUUCCUCGUCAAAGUGAAGACACAUACAAUAACUUAAUGAACAAACUAGUUCAAAUAAAAACAGAGGUUAAGAAAAAGCAGGACAACCUACAUGAUCUUCACAGAGGAAUGAGUGAGCCUGCAAAACUCUUGGUGAAGCAUACUAAAAAAAUAAAUGAACUGAGCUUGGGACACCAAAGUAUACAUUCCAUAAUAGAUGAACUGAUCACUGAUGAGAGAGAAAAUUUCUGGCAUGUUGAACUCUUACAGAGCUUUAGGAGUAAAGUGAAUAAAAUAUUGUCAAUGGAAGAGCCUGGUGAUAUUAGCAAUGCUCAUGAAUAGUCACAGAUAACACAGUUACUUUUUGCUGAUGAUACUGUGUUUAUGGGAGAUUCUAAAGAAGAGUUACAAAGGUUAGUAGAUGAGUUUGGGAGGGUGUGUAAAGGUAGAAAGUUGAAAGUGAACAUAGAUAAGAGUAAGGUGAUGAGGGUAUCAAAUGAUUUAGAUGAAGAAAAAUUGGAUAUAACAUUGGAGAGAGGAAGUAUGGAAGAAGUGAAUGUUUUUGAGAAGGGAGAUGACAUGUCAGUAGAUGGGUUUAUGAAGGAUGAGGUUAACCAUAGAAUUUAUGAAGAAAAAAAGGUGAGCGGGGCGUUGUGGUAUAUGUGGAGACAAAAAAACGUUAUCUAUGGAGGCAAAGAAGGGAAUGUAUGAAAGUAAAGUGGUACCAACACUCUUAUAUGGGUGUGAAGCUUGGGUUGUAAAUGCUGCAGCGAGGAGACGGUUGGAGGCAGUGGAAAUGUCCUGUCUAAGGGCAAUGUAUGGUGUAAAUAUUAUGCAGAGAAUUCAGAGUGUGGAAAUUAGGAGAAGGUGUGGAGUUAAUAAAAGUAUUAGUCAGAGGGCUGAAGAGGGGUUGUUGAGGUGGUUUGGUCACUUAGAGAGAAUGGAUCAAAGUAGAAUGACAUGGAGAGCGUAUAAAUCUGUAGGGGAAGGAAGGUGGGGUAGGGGUCAUCCAUGAAAAGGAUGGAAGGAGGGGGUAAAGGUGGUUUUGUGGGCGAGGGGCUUGGAUUCCAGCAAGCAUGUUAGAAGUGAAUGGAAACAAAUGCUUUUUGGGGCCUGAUGAGCUGUUGGAAUGUGAGCAGGGUAAUAUUUAGUGAAGGGAUUCAGGGAAACCAGUUAUUUUUAUAUAGCCAGACUUGAGUACUGGAAAUGGGAAGUACAAUGCCUGCACUUUAAAGGAGGGGUUUGGGAUAUUGGCAAUUUGGAGGGAUAUGCUAUAUAUCUUUAUAAAUGCUUCUAAACUGUUGUAUCUGGGUGCCUCUGCAAAGACAGUGAUUAUGUAUGAGGUGAAAGUGUUGAAUGAUGAUGAAAGUAAUUUUUUUUUUUUGGGGGGGGGGGGAUUUUCUUUCUUUUUGGGUCACCCUGCCUCGGUGGGAGACGGCCGAAUUGUUAAAAAAAAAAAGUGCUAAACCUGUAUAGCUCAUUUAGCACCAGGGAAAAUGGGGAGGGUGGAGAAGUUUAGGCAAAAGGCAGUUGCUGAUACCUUGAAUCAGUUUUUGAAGAGUAUUACAGCACCUGCCUUCAAGCAAUUCAAUGUGAAGAAUGACACCUGCAUGGCAAAAAUUGUAAAUUAUUAUUAUUUUAACACAAACACAAAAAAGCAAAAUCUGAAUGGGUCAAUUAGCAAAUUUCUUGAAUGAAUCAUAAUUGAAAAGCAAUAUUUGAUAAAUGUGGUGUUUUGGUGAAAUAUAUCCUGACAGCAGUGUAUCUGUCACAGCACUGCAUAUAAUAGUAUUUAAUUUCAUUAUGAUAUUGACUAUUGUAAUGAGAGAAUAAAAGAAAUGCAGAUGUUAAA